GCUGGACGCACGUACGGGCCGUCAGCUGCCGGGCCGCAGAGAGAAGUGAGAAGUGCAGCGAGUGGGACUUUGACAAGAGGAAGUGGAAGGAGGAUGGGGCCUUCAAGAGUUUCGAUCGGUGGAUGGAGGAGGCCGUCCAGUUCUCCUGCAAAAAGGCCUACACGCACCCCUUGACGGGCCAAAAGCUGGCAGGGCCCGAUGCAGAGGGCUCCGAGCCGGUGGAGAUCGAUGAGGCAGCCUACCAGGAGUGGAGGCACCUCUGGCUGCGACAGAUUCUGAUAGCCGGUGAGCGCACGGCAAUUGUCCUCAACGACAUCUUGGACAACAAGGGUGCAGCGCGCCUGGCGACGGGCAGCAAGGUGCACACCAAGGCCGAUGAAGAGAAGGCCAAGGAGCAGGCUGCCUGGGAGCAGGAGAGGCUGAAGCGGCAGAAGGAGGAAAGAAGGACAAGGACGUCUGGAUCCCUGAUCAAUGUCGGCGCGUUCAUGACCAACCUCUUCGUUGCCAUCAUUACGGUGCCCAUCUUCCUGCUCGUCGCGAACCACGGGCUCAAUCCGCAGACCUAUGCAGGCCUCAUCAGGAGCAUCUUGGCGGGCAGCGGCAACAGCGAUACCGUCAAAGGGCCAGCGAAACGCUUUGAGUAG